AUGCCCGGUCUCUUGGAGCAGCUGGACGGAGCCAUCUCCGAUCUGUUCCAGGGCUGGAAUGUAUACUCCACCGUGCUUCUCGUCGGCAUCUUGGGCCUCGUUGGCUGGGUUGUAGCCAACAACGCGGAUGCUGACACCCACCCACUGCUGCUCGCCAGACAGGCACAGGCCUCGUAUGUGAGGCAGCCGCGAGAGUCUGCAGUCUUCAGGUCUCCCGAGACGCCUCACGGCUACCCCCUACGGACCGGGCUCGCCGUCAAGCCUCCCGGCGCUCCCAUGUACUCGGCUGGCAAAGACGGCGACCUUCGCGAUAUCUGGCGUCGCGUGACGGGCGAAAUUCCUCUGGAGAAGAAGGCCAGCUCGGCCGGCACCGCGACCAUCAUGACCGUCCUGGGCAAGGAAGAGAUCUCAGAGCACAGCAUUGCGGGAAUCUCGAGGGAGAUGGCCAUUGUCGGAAAGCAUCUGCAGGAGCGCAACGCCAAGCAAGUGGCCGUAUACUUGCCAAACAGUCUCGAGUUCCUGACAGUGCUGUUCGCUGGCGCUUUCUUCGGCUUCACCCCCGUCCUCAUCCCCUACAACCAGCCACAUGCGACUCUCGUAGAGCUGCUCCAGGCCACUGGUGCCGACUCUCUCAUCGCACAGGCCGGCUCGGUCCCCCUGGCUGAUGUCACCCGAAGUGUGCCCGGCCUGCGCCAGAUCGUUUGGACAGUAGAGAAGACGAGCAGACAUAUGGACUGGAGCGAGGUCCCCGAGGGCAUCGGCGGCAAGGUCGACGUCUCCGUUUGGCAUGAGCUUGUGCAAGAUUCGAAGCACACCGAAAACGUCCUGCCAUCAGAUGGAGGCCAUGCCCCAGGCGUCAUCUUCCUCUGGCAAGAAGCCGUUGGUAAGCCAGCUGAAAUCGUCAAGUUCACUCAACAGAACAUCGCCGCCGCCGUCGGCUCGCUCAUCACCUCUCUGCCCACCGCACAACGCCUCUCGGCUUCGGACACUUUCCUCCCGGCUGACGCCUUCACAAACUCUUACUGCCUCUGUCUCACUCUUGCAGCGCUGUUCUCACACUCGACCGUCAUCAUCAACUCAGUCGCAGGUCCCGGUGUCGACCUGGCCUUGGCCACCCGUUCCCUAGCCCCUACCAUCGUAGUCGUCUCCGCUGAGACGGCCGCAAAGGUCCACAGCACAACUGCUGCGUCAGCCGUAGGCGGCUUGAAGCAGCUUGCGCAUUAUCUCGAAUCCCGCGUGCUCGCCUCCGGCCGUCUACCGACCGACAGCCUCCUGAGUCGUCUCAACGCACCCACAAGAGCAACAAUCGGCACCACUCCAGGCAAGUUGCGCUUGCUCUUCACUUCUGAGCGAGCUGGCCUGAACACACCUCCGCUGAGCUCGAAAGACUUGUCGGAUUUGCGCAUUUACACCCAGGCACGCGUUGUGUACGCUCUGACAGCUGCCAAGGUCGCUGGUGCUGUCGCGCAGACGAACAUAUACGAUUACAGGCUGGGAACGUCGUCGAAUAAACACAGCCACUUUGGUGUUCCGUUGAGUGCCGUGGAAGUCAAGGUUAGAGACACGCCCGGCCUCAAGACAACCGAGGAGCAAUCGAUUGGCGAGCUUGUUGUUACUGGCUCAUCAGUGGCUGGUGGCGAGGCGUCUCUCGGCUUCAACGCGACAUUCCGCGAGGACCACACACUGGCCUAUGUCUAG